UAUAUACCUUUGAUAUUGUUAUUCGUGUUAUCAUCACAAGUAUAUCUACUUGUCUGUGAUUGAUCGUGAUUGUUUGAAAUAUUUCAAAUGCUAUGAUGUUUUAUAAACAAAAAUCGAGCACCAGAAUGCAGUAAACAUGGCAGAAGGGGAAACUUCAGAUGACCUUCAGACCCUAAUUCGGCCGGACGAUUUAGAGGGUAUCACAGAAGAGUCGACAGGUAGUGCGGCAACUCACUCAGCUCCCUCCCUCCUCCAUGACCCUCCUCCGGCAUGGCAGCUUCCUGUACAGUGCGUGCUGUUGGUGCUUGUGACCACUGCACUUGUAAUUAUUUUGCCAGUGUAUCUUGAGUCAGUUAAUGUGGUGGGUGAUGCGUACUCAGCCCUUAUCUUCGCGGCCAUCUUCACUGCUCUUCCUGUGGUGUUAUUUGUGCAAAUCAGAUACAGUUACUUCUGCCAGUUCAUGCGUCUGGGACCCUCCUCCCCGUCCGCCAUACUCAAAACUGGAAUGUUCCAUGGAAUAUCUAGUCUCAUGAUUGUCUAUGCCCUGGACAGAAAGCGAGUGGUGUGCCACGCCCAAGAGCCCUUAAUGGGGCUUAUAGUCAUGUAUAUGAUUAUCAUCUAUUUCUUCUACAAAGGACCAGAGUUGAGUUCCCCAAAGAUGUUCUCCUUGUGUGGUGUCCUUGGAGGCCUCUUCCUGGCGAUGGACUUCCAGUUGAAUAACCUCUAUCGGUGCCAUGGCAGAUCCAGAAAAAAUCCUGAAGAUGAUGGUGGCCCUUGGAGUGCUCAGGCCCAUGCGUUGUGGACCAUUGUUUAUGCUGCGGCACUUUUCCUCUUCACGUUAUCUUGGCUUCUCCUGGAGAGAGAAGUGAUCACCAAAAAGAGUGGCACAGGCGGCUUAAGUAUGGUAAGCACUGUCUCCGGGGGAAUGUCAGCCCCAGGGAGUGAUGCAGAAGCUCUCAUCUCCAGCCGAGGAGCUGUGGUGAGUACCCCCAUGCAGAGCUCCUUGGAUGCCAAGUGGGGGAUCCAUCUCGUGUGGUUCACUUUGGCCUCCCUUUUCACCAUCAUGAUGCUCUUCUGGACUGAUUUCUUCACCGCUCUCGGAAAGGCUGGAUCACCCCAGGAAUUUGUGAAACUCACUUCUGGUGGACUACGAUGCCACUUUCACUGGGGUGGGGAGUGUGGCCCAACGGCACUCUACGGCUGGCUGUUUGUUGCCCUUCACCUGGCAUUCCUGGUGCUCUUGGGAAGGGUCUUAGCUGCCUCACAUUCCAUCAUAUAUGCUCUGUCUGUGACAUCCGUUGCCUUGCCCGUCCAAGCACUCUGGUGGUCCAUGUUCCGCAUUGGAGGCCCACUAGGGAUGGAGUGGUAUCCACAGGAGUCUGGGGAAGUCAUUUUCAGUCUGCUGGGAUUGCCCAUAAUGAUCGCCUGCUUGUGCUACUGGAGUCAUGUGGAGAAACGAGAGAAGCAGAGGUCCAACAACUUCCCCCUCACUGCGGCAUCAUAAGGCUGGCAGCAGGAAUUUUGGUGGCUGUCAUGGAAGUGUAUGUGGGUGUUUGUGUUAGAGACAAAGAAAGCUGGAAUGUUGGUUUUGGAACACUUAUAGAGAAGGUAGAGUAAUGCCAGCAAUGCUUUAGGGGGUGGAAUAAACAGUGUGGUUCUGGUGAGUAAGGUGAUGUAUUUGCCAGACUGUGGUAUAGUAUAGCAAUUGUGACAAAAUCAGCAAAGAUAUGAAUAAUUAGUCAGCUGAAUGAGACAUAAGUCAAUAGGAAAAUUGAUCAGAUAUCAAGUGUAUUAUCAGGUUAAAAGGAAUUUCAUUAAAACAUGUUCCUGUACUCCCCACCCCAUGAACACGCUAAAGAAAUCCCGGUUUUGCAUGUGAUAACAGGUCAGAUAUAUUAUUCUGAUUAGCCAUUGAUUUGAAUGUCUUUUAUGGGCAUUUAACAGUAGUCAGGAGUAGUCUGAAUCUGAUUUUUUUUUUAUAUGAGAGCGUAAAUCUGUCUUCUAAUUGUAAAGCAGAAUGGUUUGCAUAUAAUGUCUUGUUUUUUAUGUAUCUGCUUGAAUGCUGUGCCAAGCUUUGAAUAUCAAAAUUAAGGAGGACAGAUGUUAUACAAUCCCAAGUUAUAUACUGUCAUAGAUCUUAAUGUGUUAUAUAUUUUUCUUCUCACUUUCAAGUAUGAGAAAUAUGUGCUGUCUCUCAUUUGAUAUUAAAAUUGCAUAUAAUAAGAAUUAUAUAGAUAUAGACUUAAUCUCUGAAGGCUGAACCAAGAAUCUGGUGGUAUAAAUAUCUUUAUUCUGGUAAUGUUGAGUUCUAAUUAAAGAUAAUUUUUAAAAAUAUAUAUUUUUUCCUUGUGUUGAUUGUGAAAAUUAUAUUUCCAAAGAGUGAUGGUG